AUGGUAUCCUUCACCGUCCUCACAACUGCUUUGCUAGUCUCUCUUCCCACUGCCUUUGCAGCGCCUAGAGGUGUCACAUCGCUCAUUAAUCACGAAACUGUAGGGAAGCAACUCGAAGCCCGUCAAGGAGGUUACUACUCUUUCUGGUCCGAGGGAGGCGGGUCAUUCCGUUGCAGCCAACAAGGCGGCGGCAAGUACACGUGUAACUGGUCAGGCCAGGCCGGCGGUGGCUUCGUAGCUGGUACAGGCUUCAAGCCCGGAGGUUCGAGGACCGUAAAAUACGCAGGUACAUACGAUGCCAAAGGACCCGGUUACCUCGCCCUGUACGGUUGGACGCGCAAUCCCCUCAUCGAAUACUACAUCAUCGAAUCGUACGAUAUCCUUGCACCCGGUGAACCUUGGACGCGCAAAGGCAACUUCACUUUCGAAGAAGGUACCUACGAGCUCUACACCAGUCAGCGCGUGAACAAACCAUCAAUCGAAGUUCUGGUCAGUGAGAACAGAGAAGAGGGUUGGAGGUACUAUCACUACGCAGAAGCAUUUUGA